AUGCACAGACUUCUCUUUUGCACUCUGCUCAUGACUGGGCUGACACAGCUCUGCUGUAGGGCGCAGGGCAGUGUGCCACCGGGUGCGACCCCUGGAGGACAGCCUGGAGCAGCGUUGGAAGUGUAUCAGCGUAAAGAGGUCUGCCACUGGCCCUGCAGAUGCCCCCCUCAGGUGCCCACUUGUCCUCCUGGGGUGAGCUUGGUGAGGGAUGGCUGUGGAUGCUGCAAAAUCUGUGCCAAGCAACCAGGAGACAUCUGUAACGAAGCCGAGAGCUGUGACCCACACAAAGGCCUGUACUGUGACUACUCACGGGACAAGCCUAGGUACGAGACAGGCGUGUGUGCAUAUCUUGUGGCAGUUGGAUGUGAGUUCAACGGAGUCCAUUAUCAGAAUGGCCAAGUAUUUCAGCCCCACCCGCUGUUCAGCUGCCUCUGUGUGAGUGGGGCAAUUGGAUGCACACCCCUCUUCAGACCCAAGCUGGCUGGCAGUAAUUGUUCCUCAGCUAGAGGAGGAAGGAAGAUCGAUCCACCGGACUGUGGCCAGGGAUCUCCGCAGCAGGGGCGCUCAGCGGGCUACAGAACAAUGCCAGCUUACAGGAAUCUCCCACCUACUUGGAAGAAAAAAUGUCUCGUGCAAGCAACAAGGUGGACUCCCUGCUCCAGGACGUGCGGGAUGGGGAUUUCUAACCGGGUGACCAAUGACAACAGCAACUGUGAAAUGAGGAACGAGAAGAGGCUGUGCUACAUUCAGCCCUGCGGCAGGAAGCCAUGGAAGGCAGGGAAGAUCCCCAGAGGAGAAACAUGCCAACCCACUUUCCAACUCCCCAAAGCUGAAAAGUUUGUUUUCUCUGGAUGCUCAAGUGCUCAGACUUACAGGCCCACUUUCUGUGGGAUCUGCCUGGAUAAGAGAUGCUGCGUCCCCAACAAGUCUACAAUGAUUACCGUCAGGUUCGACUGCCCCGGCGAGGGGUCGUUUAAGUGGCAGAUGCUGUGGGUCACAUCUUGUGUGUGUCAGAGGGACUGCGGAGAACCAGGAGACAUAUUUUCUGAGCUCAGGAUCCUAUAGAGCCAGACGGGGAGGAAGGGUUAAGGCUCAAUCAGGCCGCAAUGAAAACACUGAGGUGUCUGCAAAAGGGCACGGCUUACUUAAGGGAUUUAAAACACAAGAGUGACUAUUCUUUGCCUGUUAUAUUUGUGACAAUAGAAGUUUCUAAAACAUAUACAAUAAAACAAAACUGAAUGCUUGAAAAUUUUAAAUAGAACUCAUUUCUUCAGUAUAGCCUAUAAUUAUGUAACAUAUGGACAAAUGGCUCCAGGUAAGGAUUCCAUAGAUAAAGAAAAAUACCUAGCUGGGCGUGGUGGUGCACACCUUUGAUCCCAGCACAGGGAGGCAGAGGCAGGCAGAUAUCUUGUGUGAGGUCAACCUGGUCUACAGAGUGGGUUCCAGGACAGCCAGGGCUACACACAGAGAAACCCUGUCUCAAAACACAGAUAUAAAAAGACAUACUUUAACAUUUUAUUCUGUGCUUGGCAAUACAGUCUAUCAGACCCUGUCACAUUAGUAGAGGGACAGCAAAACUCUUAGAAAUAAGAUGACACUAUAAAUGCAGACUCAUCAUCUUCGUGUUCUGAAUAUCAGUUGGGAUUCUUCUAGGAAGGAGAAACUAGAAUGUCUGUAAUAACUGAGUGUCUCUUAAUAACUGAAAUACUGCAGUUUUCAUUCCAAAUACUAUAAAAGUCUAAACUUCUAAGAUAAAAAGCAAACACAAAACGAUCACUCAAAGAAAGGAAAAAGAAAAUAGUAAUAAGUCAGCACACACCAGGUUAUUUUUGCCUGAAAAGAAUUCUCCCCUUAAAAUUAUUCCCUUGAAAGCUCAAUCACUGAGACCAACCCUGACGAUUCCGAAGGGAGAUGUGGUGAUCGGAGCAGUACAUGAGAACAUUUGCCACACAGUUCCGAUGAAGAUGUUGGUGCGCACGACAACGGCGACACGCUCAGCCAGCACAAGCUGCCCUGUUCACACAUUUGCUUUUAAAGCGUUUAUUAUAAAAGUUACAAGUAGAGACAGGGCAUGAAGAACUGCUCCUUCCUCUACGUCGGCCCCGAACGCACGUCCCCCUGCAUGCCAGCGACGCUGGGAUUGCACCAUGUCGGGCUCUCUCUCAAUGUUAGCGAAUUGCUAGAAGUGAUACCACACACUGGUAUAAACAGUUGUAAUAAAAUAGAAACCACCAUUUUAGAUAAAAUACUUCCCGAUACUGUGGAAAACAAAUUGGGCUUUCUGAGUCAGAAAAAAAUGCUGAAACAGAAAGGGGACGAAACUGGAUGAGAAUCAGAAAAAAGUAACCAUUGCAUCUCUCGGCUUCUUCCCUCACGAGGCCACGCUCAGCCUGGGCACAUCUGGCACAGGCAUGCUCUUUGUGGCAUCCAGGUCACUGUACUCCUGUAUGAGCGCUGACAGAGAGGACACGGCUUCCGUAAAAGUGCUUUCCUCCAUCCCAUCGACUUG